GUAUUUUCUAAAAUACGAAAGAAAUGUCAAGCAAAGCCGCUUCUUGGAUGUAAGCUGGAAGUGCGAAGGAUACUUCUGUCUAACUGCAUUAUUGUGAAAAACCUGAACCCAAACUCAACUGAUGAUGAUGUUGCUCAUUACUUUGAAUCAGCGAAGGCAGGCGGUAGCACAGUACUCAAAGUGCAAACAUGCGAAAAAGAAACCAAGUAUGUCUUCUUUGAGGAUUUUGCAGUCGCUGAACGUGUUGCGAUGAAGAGACACAUGCUUGGAGCAAGAGAACUUCAUGUUAGGGUUCAUCUGGAAUGUCUUGGACCUUCUGGAGGCAGAAAAGACCCGUAUGUGCUUCCUGAAGCACUGGAACUGUCUGUCAGCAGCAACAUCAAAAUUCGAUUUCUUCAACGCUCACCGGCGGUUUUGAAAUCGUUCAACGAAUGUCUCUCAAAUGUCCAUGCUUUUGCUAGACUUACAGAAGAUGCUCUCAAAGUUGAUUGUACUCUGAACGAAUCAGAACCUGAAGCUUAUAUUUUGGUUAAAACUUGGAGAGAUAAAGUAGUUAACACGUUAGACACCUGUUUUCAGUUGGUAAGAAUAGACAGGAUAGAUGUCGUUCCAGAUAUCUGGUCUAAUGUAUUAGAAAUUGUAAAAACGUGUGAUAUCAGAGACGAUUUGCUCCUACUACUCAGCGACGAGCACUCAUUAGUAAUUUUAAGCCAAACAGACAAAGAGGGGGACACUGCUGAGAAAAUUAAUGCCAUUGUCAAGAAUGAAGAAAACAAAUUUGCUUUAAAAAAUUGCGAAGUGAGUGAGACAAAGGACCUUUCACAGCACGAGGUUGAUUUUUUGAUUACAUCCUCCUUUCAGUACGAAGUUAUGGCUCAGUUCAACACACUUCGUGUAGAUAUCCGUGAGCAGGAGAGGAAGAUAACUUUUUGUGGUUUCCCGCCGGAUGUAAAAGAAGCGCAACUGAAGAUGCUUGAAAUGUUGCGUUCGUUAUCGAUGCUGGAAAUUCGUCUGACUGAGGAUAAGAUUAGUAUUUUGGCCCAUCAAAACACUGGUAAUCGUAUACGUGAAAAGCUGACAUCGUCUGGACUCGUAGCCUCUUGGGAAGUGCAAGCUAAAAGCGUUGUUAAAGUCUACUGUGCUCGUGGCACAGACCUCCAGAAAGCCAUUGAGAUCAUUCAGCUUUCCCUUGCAGAAGAGACGCUACCUUUGGACGAAGUUUCUUUGGAGGUAAUAAAAAUGCCUUUAUGGACUCAGCUCAAAAAUCAGCUGAUUCAAGAAAACAAUGGUCUUCUUAGUAUUACCUUAACACCACACGCUCUCAAGAUCACAGCUUUCAGUGACAUUUUUCCAGACGUUAAAAAAACUAUUGUGAUGUUUAUGUCAGAACAUUCAACGUACACCACUGUCUUUAGGUUUUCUCCUAGUCGACACAAGUUUUUAGCUCUCUUUUGGGAAGAGAGAUUGAACGACAUUGUUGAAAAGCAGUCAAAAAAAGUAGAGAUCAAUUUGGAUAAUCAAAAAAGAAACAUUAUUGUGAAAGGAACAAACCAAGGAAUUGAAACUGUAAGGACAAAACUGGAAGAACUGGAAAAAACAAUUGUGUGUUCAGAGGAGAUAGUAACAAAACAAGAAACAGUUUUGUACUUCAAAGGUUUAAAGAACCUCACUGAACUAGAAUUCACUGCAAGAGCACACCAGUGUGUGAUUUCGCUAGCACCAGAGGAAGCAGAAAUGAAGAUUGUGGCUACAAAUCAGCCAGUAAAAGAAACAGUUACAGCAGAAAGACUACAGCAAGAUGGUAAGGUGUUACCAUCUGACUCGGCACGAGCUCUACUUAGUGCACUGACCACACAGAAACAAAGACUAACCACCCUGCGAUCACUUACAGUGGUUUUGAAUGACAGUGCAGCUGUGUGCGCGUUCAUUGAUGUUCUGAGAUCAGAAAGGAAGCUUGAUACAGCUGCAAAGACAACAGUUUGCAAGCCACUACAGAUGCAUCGAGAACACCGCAUUGAUUUUGGUGAGGUUCAUCUAAUCAUCAAGCAGGGUGAUAUCACAGAAGAAGACGUAGACGCUAUUGUUAUAAGCGCCAAUCAAAACUUCGACUUAACCCUCGGAGCUGUUUCAAAAAAUCUGAGAACAAAGUGCGGAGAAGGUCUUCAAAGCGAGUGCAGCAGCAAACUUGCAGAUAUGCGUAAGCAUAAAGUAGUAAUGACUUCAGCACCUAAUUUAAAGUGCAGACACAUUGUACACAUAGAUGGUGAGUUUUAUGUGAAAUCGAACAAUUGGGAAAAAGCAUAUAGAGCAGUACUGGUGGAAACAGAGAAAAAGGGAUUGCAUUCCAUCGCUGUACCAGCCAUUGGAACAGGAGCAUGUCAGCUGUUUCCACGUCACUCUGCUCGCGCACUCGCCAACGCACUCACCACCCAUCAACAAACAAUGAAGACCCUGCAGCACGUGACCGUGGUUGUGACUGACGAGGAGACAGCACAGGCGUUCAUUGAUAUUUUGAGUUUAAAAGCAAAGGAAGACGCAUUUGAAAUAGUAGACCUUUUCGAGCCGCCACAAGAAAUGAAUGUAGGAUUCAGUACUGAUGUUGGCGGUGUCCAGCUAACUAUCAAGCAAGGGGACAUUACAGAGGAAGAGGUUGAUGCUAUUGUUACUAGCGCCAACUCGGAUUUUGACUUCACUAAAGGAGCUAUUUCUAAAAUUCUGAAAGAAAAGUGCGGAGAAGCUCUUCAACGCGAAUGCAAUAACAAGCUUGCAGACAUGCGCCAGCACAAGAGGAUAGUGACCUCAGCGUACAACCUAAAGUGCAAACAUAUUGUACACAUUGAUGUUGUCUUUUACUUGAUGUACAGCGACUGGGAAAAGGCUUACACAGCAGUGCUGGAGGAAGCAGAGAAAACAGGUUUUGCUUCCAUUGCUCUUCCAGCACUUGGAACAGGAGCCUGUCAGUUGUCGCCAUCUGACUCAGCAAAAGCUCUGGUUAAGGCUCUGGCUGCUAAUGAACAAACACCAAGAACAUUGCAGAGAGUGGCAGUGGUUGUGAUUGACCCCGCCACGGUGCAGGCGUUCGUGGAUGUUUUGCGAUUAGUAGAGAAGCAAACUGCCCUCCAAAAAGCACCAGUUUCUCUCCCACACACAAUACAGUUGGAUGCCAGCAUGGAUGUUGCCGGUGUUCAUCUAACCAUCAAGCAAGGCGAUAUUACAGAGGAGGAGGUAGAUGCUAUUGUUACUAGCGCCAGUCCGUCUUUACGCUUUACUCAAGGAGCCGUUUCUAAAAUACUGAAAGCAAAAUCCGGAGAAGCUCUUCAACGAGAGUGUAAAAGCAAACUUGCAGACAUGCGGGAACACAAGAUGAUAGUGACUUUAGCACCUAAUCUCAAGUGCAAACAUAUUGUUCACUUAGAUGAUGAGUUCUACUCAAAGUCUAACGACUGGCAAAACGCUUACACAGCAGUACUACAGGAAGCAGAAAAGUCAGGUUUCCAUUCUGUUGCUGUGCCAGCACUUGGAACAGAAAAUUCUCAGCCAUCUCGAUUUUCCUCCAUCUUCUUCAAUAACCUGUUUCAUGAGACAAAAGAAUGCGAUUGGUCGCCGUCUGAUUCUGCUCGUGCAUUGGUGAACGCACUAACUUCUCAGAAACAAACUCUGAAGACACUGCGAGCUGUGACAGUGGUUCUGAGUGACAGUGACAAACAACAGGCGUUCAUUGAUGGUCUGAGGUUAAACGAGAAGCCAAGUGUCAUAAAAACAUCAAGUAUUAAUGCAGAAAAUGAAGGUGUUCAUAUCUCCAUCAAACAAGGAGAUAUUACAGAAGAAAAAGUUGACGCUAUAGUUAAUAGUGCCAACCCGGAUUUCGAUUUCACUCAAGGAGCUGUUUGUAAAAUCCUGAAAGCGAAGUGUGGAGAAGCUCUUCAACGUGAGUGCAACAGCAAGCUUUCAGAGAUGAUUCAACACAAAAUAGUAGUGACCUCAGCAUACAAACUUAAGUGCAAACAUAUUUUGCACAUAGAUGCCAUGUUUUACUCAAAAUAUAACGAUUGGGAGAAGGCCUACACAGCAGCGCUGCAAGAAGCGGAAAGACUAGGAUUCCACUCCCUUGCUGUGCCAGCACUUGGCACAGGAGCCUGUCAACUGUCGCCAUCUGAGUCGGCACAAGCUCUGGCCAACGCACUAUGCGUUCAAAGACCAACCCUGAAAACACUUCGGUAUGUGACAGUGGUUGUGGUUGACAGUGCUACGAUGAAGACGUUCAGGGAUGUUCUGGGACAAGAAAAGCAAGAAGAUGCUGCUGAAAAAUUAAGCAUGUCCGGCAAAGAUGGGCCCGAGAAAAAGCAACAUCCCCGUGCCAUAGAAAAGAUUGGAAAUGCUAGCAACUCCAGCAGGAACACGCCGGAUGUGUUUAAGCUCUAUAUUUUCUCAACAAACCAGGCAAGAAAAGCGGAAUUUUGCAAAGCAUUGUACGACUUUGUCGACGCCAAGUAUGACUGCAGGGAGAUAAAAAAUGUUAACAAAUUAUCACCUGGAGAGCUGGAACAAGUAAUGGAGCUAUGUAAGUCUUUAAACGUGGACAUCCAGAAGAAAGCAGCAGGAGUCGUCGUGCUGAAAGGCUUAACUGAGGAUGUUAAAAGAUGUAGAGAGAGAAUCAAAACUCUCGUCAAGGAAAGAGAACGACAGCGACAGGAGACUAUGAUGGCAAACCUUGUCCAAUGGCACUAUUUUGAGAAAACCAGUGGAACUGGGUGGAAAGCAUUUGGAGGGAGAGAGAACCUUGCUAUAGAGGAGGCCUUCCAUGCCUUUCAGAAUGAGCAGAAUAGUGAAACACUGGAGUCUUCUGACAACGACCAGUCUUUCGUCCUUAAUUUUACGGAGAUGAAGAAAUACGACAAAAGAAAUCCAUAUGACGGCGUCAGGAUCAUGAGAAAAGAAAUAAUAAAAGGUGGAGCCAGCUUCUCAAGUCUCCUGCCAGAAGAAUGGGAAGUACAUGGUGUUGGGGAAGAUCUUAAGCGCGUGCAUCUUCCACACUGGUGUACUGAGUAUCAAAGAGUGCGAAAUAAUUUUCUAAAGACUGCAGAAGGAGUCUUAUCUCUGCUUACAAUCGUGCGCGUACAAAACCCCGAGCUGUACAUUCAGUAUCUUGCUAAGAAGGCCCAAAUGGAAAAGCAGAACAAAGGAAUGCAUUCAGAGAAAACUUUGUGGCACGGAACCGCAAAUGGAGCAAUUCGAAAUAUUAAUCGCUAUGGCUUCAACCGCAGCUUUUGUGGCAAAAACGCCGCACUAUAUGGACAAGGCGUUUAUUUUGCUGUCAGAUCCAGUUACUCUAUGCAUGGCCAGUAUUCUCCGCCUGAUUCGGUUGGAAGAAGAUACAUUUACCAGUGCAAAGUCUUAGUGGGGUAUGCCCUUAAAGGGACGGAUCAAAUGAAAUUUCUGCCUCGUCGCGACGACGACAUCACAUACGACUCUGCCACAAACGAUGAAGACAAUCCGGAAAUGUAUAUCAUCUUCCACGACUCACAGGCUUACCCAGAAUAUCUGAUUGUUUUCCAGUAGGCUUCUGAUAGUCAGUCCUGAAGUAUCAACAAAAUGAUCAGGAUAAGUAUGAAUUCUUGAAGACCACUGAUGUGAUAUAAACCGUGUUUAUUCAUAAGAUGACAGAGAUCUUUGUACGCAACCUGUGAAAUGAUACUAAUGUGCUUUACAUGUAUUUGUGUAUUUGUGUGUGUGUGUGUGUGCAUUCUGCCGUUCUCCACGCAAAGGAAAGAUCUACAACAUUAAAGGACAGUAGACAUUCACUAAUGUUAACUGUUAACAAAUCCUGCAUAAUGUGUCUUUGACCCCUCGCGCAAGCAUACACCCGACAAUGGCAGUAACGACUCCAUCUUGAAAGAUGUAAGAAUAUUACUUUGCAAAGAAUUUGUAAUUCUCAAGACAUAUUUGUUAAUGUAUGUUCUUAUAGAAAACAGCAGCCUAGAUGUUAUAAUAAAGCACACUAAUGCAUAUUAGUUACAAAAUAAACUCACUUUACAAUUUAGAGUAGCA